GGCAGGGCAGCUUUACGCACAUACAGUUUGGAGCAGAAGGACGCACUAAGGAGCAGCUCUGGGUGUCCGCUUCUAUUUCUUCUCCUUGUCUUUUUUUAUCGCUCCUCUUUAGCUGCAACGCUGUUAUCGUUUUAGGGUUUUCUUUUUUUUUAUUUGCAACAUGGGCUCCGUGCUACCCGCAGACGCUUUGGCUCUCAAGUCUGGAUUUAAGUGUCCGAGCCGCUCGCUGUCAGACGUGAUCACCUCGGACAUCCUGCACAGCUUCUUGUACGGCAGGUGGAGGAACGUGCUGGGUGAACACCUGGCGGAGGAGCGGCAGAGCGGCAGCGGCAGCAGCGGCAGCCCCAAGACCGCCUUCACCGCCGAGGUGCUGGCUCAGUCCUUCGCCGGAGAGGUGCAGAAGCUGUCCAGCCUGGUGCUGCCCAGUGAGGUGAUCAUCGCGCAGAGCUCCAUCCCUGGAGAGGGCCUGGGCAUCUUCUCAAAGACCUGGAUCAAAGCAGGAACCGAGAUGGGGCCUUUCACAGGGAGAGUCCUGUCCCCUGAACACGUGGACCUGCUCAAGAAUAACAACCUCAUGUGGGAGGUGUUCAAUGAAGACGGCACGGUGCGCUACUUCAUCGAUGCCAGCCAGGAGGACCAGCGCAGUUGGAUGACUUAUAUAAAGUGCGCCCGGAAUGAGCAGGAGCAAAACCUGGAGGUGGUGCAGAUCGGCAGCAGUAUCUUCUACAAGGCGGUGGAGACUAUCCCGCCAGACCAGGAGCUUCUUGUCUGGUAUGGAAACACCCACAACACAUUCCUGGGAAUCCCUGGAGUUCCGGGAACAGAUGAGGAACACAUAAAGAAAACCAGAAAUGAUGACUCCCACCCCUGUGAGGGCUCUUCCUCUUGCUCCCCACCCGCCCCCGCCACCACAGCCGGUCGGAUGCGCUGCGUCAUCUGCCACCGCGGCUUCAACUCCCGCAGCAACCUGCGCUCCCACAUGCGCAUCCACACUCUGGACAAGCCCUUCGUGUGCCGCUUCUGCAACCGCCGCUUCAGCCAGUCGUCCACGCUGCGAAACCACGUCCGGCUGCACACCGGCGAGCGGCCCUACAAGUGUCACGUGUGUCAGAGCGCGUACUCGCAGCUAGCGGGCCUGAGGGCGCACCAGAAGAGCGCGCGGCACAAACCCGUGGCGCACGCCACCGACGUGCCAUCCCAAGUGUCCCCCCCUCCCCCACAGAUGACCGCCAUGCCCCACCAGCACCAGAUGCCGCUGGUGCACCACAUCCCCACCAUGGUGCUAUGAUGACAGAGACACGGAGGGACAGUCACACAGAACAACGUUGCACUUUAGCUGUAGUGGAGACGCAUAGGAGAUCCUGAGGAGACAGUAAAGCAUCUCACAAAGACAUUUGAAUAUUGCCUUAUUUGUAUUGUUUGUUUUUUGGUUAUCACGUGAUCAAUAUUCCAACAGAGAGAUGUUUUAAUGAUUGUCUGUAUUUUGGAAAGCUGAAAUAUGAUGAAGAUUUUACAAAUGAGUUGUUAUUCUCUGUGUAAUCUUUAAACAAAUGUCAUAUAUCACCACAUAUGUGAGACAGAACAGAUAUUUUCUACAUUUUUUACACCGUGUUUAUUAUCCAUCACAUCCUCACCAGCUCAGGUGACAACAACUGUCAGAGAUUUGUACAGUAAGUAGAAACUAAACGGGACGUGGCCUCCAGUGUACAUUGUUUCAGCUGCAUCCUCCCACACUGUAAACUGAAAAUGUCACUUUAACCUUGCACAGACUGUAUACUGUUGUGUAACUGUAAAAUUGUAUUGUAUGCUACUGUACAUGUGAAUGUAAAUACAUUUGUGCUUUCUUCUAUUCUAAAUAAAUAUGAUAUGAUAUUA